UUCUUUGCGUAAAAGUUGCUGCAGAAUUGUUAUAGAAAAUAUUCAGCCAACGACCAAACGUGUACGCAGCAAUCCUCCCAGCAAAUGGAGAGUAGUAGGGGAAAAUGCGCUAAUUGAAUUUUUGAUUUAGAUUUGAAAUAACACAUUUAGUUAUGAGGGGUUGUUCAUUUCAGUCGCAUUUCAUUCAUGUUAUUAUUUUAGUACUUCUGAACUUAGAAUACCUUGUGAACCCACUUAAUAUAUAUUACUUAAAAUGUGAUUCAGAGGUAAUAAGAAAUAAAUGAAAAUGCAAAUUCAUUACAAACAUAACAUGUCUCUUAAUAACACGGGCAUUUCAAGGACAACGGAAAAAUGUUUUACAAACAUAGAAUUGGUCACAAACAUUUGCAAAUUUUUAAACUACGGACAACAAUUUCAAUUGUCAAAAGUCUCCCGAGAAUUAAAUCAUAUAAUUGUGAAUUUCGUAUGGAAACUUAAAUUUAAAGAAGUGGAAAUACUCAUAUUUCAUAAAACAACAGAUAACUUAGUAUCGGAUCGAAUUGAUAUACAAGCAAAUAAUCUCCUUAGUGUUACCAAACAAUGUGAUAUAAUAAGCAAGCAAAGUACAUUUUUAAAAACUAAUGAAUUAGAAAUUUUCUUAAACUUAAACGUUUAUAAUAUUAAUAAAUUACAAUUAAUAACAGCAAAUGAUCACUGCGAGCGUGUUAUAGUUAAAUUUCCUUUAAAGCAAAACUUCAAAAAUCUUAAUUAUUUAAGUUAUGUGCGCAUUACAUUGGCAAGUGAGGACCUACAAAAACUGGCCGAUAAUUGUUUAAAACUAGAAACUUUGGUUAUGUGUAAUUGCUUGAAUCGAGAGGGUCAAACAUUGGUUUUAGAUAAUGACAUCGAUAUUCAGAUUAUAAAAAACAUGCGGAAUUUAAAAAACCUAAUUAUAAAAGACAGCAACGAGGGCAGUGACAACAGACAACAUUUGUACACCAUUUCAAAUAUUGAACAUAUUUUAAAUCAAACGAAAUUGCAGUGUCUUAACAUAAAUGUUCAUAUUCUUCCUGACAGCAAUACACUUAAAAAGGAAUUAACUGUUAAUAAUUUGAAAUGUUGCACAAAUUUUCAAAUUGGACGUUUUGUUGAAUGUUCCAAUUUCAUCGAUUUUCAAACAAACAUAUUGGAGAACUUUGAAAAUCUAAAAAAUUUAUACCUUAGUGGUUAUAAGUUCCGUACAAACAUUACUACUGACUUAUUUAAUAUUCUAUUAAAAUCCUGUGAAAAUUUAACAAAUUUAACGCUAGAUCAAUGCCGCAUUAUGGAUUUCAUUGCACUGCCAAAAUUACAACAUCUAUCUCUCCGAAGCUGCCAGGGUUUAACUUUCAUAAAUUUAAAAACCAUGUUAAAUGAAAUGCAUUUAAUAUAAUUUUCAUCUUUAUACUGCAUAUAUAGAGGAGACUUUGAAUACUUCCUUAUUUCAUCAACGCUACAAGAAUUCAAUUGUGAUUUCAGAACUGAAGAUAUUUUAAAUUUAUUAAAAUUCAAUAUCCUAAACCUACCAAAUUUAACAGACCUCACUUGGAGUAACUACGGUUAUAAAAAUAAUACCUUAAUGCUGUCAAAUUUAGCUCCCAACUUGAAAGUGUUGUAUGUCCCACAGCUGCAAUUAAAUGUUGAAGACUGUUUCAAAUUGAAAUGUUUACAAAAAAUAGUUAUCACUUCAUAUUAUGAAAUGAUUGUGUCCGAAUUGCUGCUGCUGCUAAAACAUGAACAUUUAAGAGACUUAUCAAUUGACUACGUUGGCAUUUGUACUGUGGAUGUUGAUUCAAGGGAACUUGUGGCAUUUCACUGUAAUCUUAUUUCACUCACUGUUCCUUGGGUUAUAAUGAAAGCCAUAGCAGAUUUUUGUUUGGAUUUAUUACAACUAAAUACAAAUUUAUCCUUAACAUGUUUUAAUAUUUCAAGCGAUUUAAUUACAAAUAUAUUAUCUAAUGCUAAAUUUCCACAUAGAUUUAGCUGUAUAAAUAUCUGUGGUGUUUCUAUAGAUUGCAUUUCUAUCCAGGAACAAUGUGAGGAAGCUAUGAAUCUAAUCAAAUUAAUUAUGGAUCACUUUCGUUUUUUUGGGAAACGUUAUUUUACGCUAGAAUAACUUUGUAGCAUUUAAAUGUAAAUAUUAAAAUAACGCUGGAGUCGUUGAGGUUACUUCACUUAUUUAAAUGUCUUUAAAAGACAGUUUAAUAAGAAUUUAACCUGAUUGAUUUCCAUUCUCAGUUUUAUCAAGUUUUCGCAUUAUGGAAAGUGUAAUUAUAACAAAUUAUAACAAUCAAACAUGAAAUAAAUAUUUUAUAAAAUAAGUAAGAGCGUUAAAAUUCGGCUCUGAAAAAAAAA